AUGAAUAAGUGUAUUGCUUAUAAUUGUAUAUUUAUAUCUAUAAUAAUUAGAUAUAUAAAUUGCUCUGAUAAAGAUCCGGAUCAAACAGAAGUUGACAGUGAUGAAGAAGAUAAUUUUGAUGUGAUUGUAAGUCAGAUAGAGAAUUUACUUGAGGAUGAAACAGCUGGAGAUUCAGUAAUAUCAGAUAAUAUUAAACAACAUGGUCUAGGACAUAUAGUGUAUAAUUCAUAUGGAUCAGAAUCAAUUAGCACAACCCAACCCACUGAUUUCUUAGAUGAAGAAUCUGGAAUAAUAGAAGGUCCAUCAGGACCACAUGAUCAAGUUUCAACUCAAACCACACCUAUUCCUCACCUAGAUAAAUCUGAAGUUGGAGAUGAUAAAAAGGAAGCUGCAGCUGUUAAACCCAGUAAAAUAUCUGAAUCAUUGAUUUUUAUGAAGAAAGGUGAUGAUGGUGGAUUAUUUCAGAUGAUUGAAGGACAAGAUUACAAGCUGAUAUUCGAUGAUGGAACUACAUUAAAGUUUGAAUUUUAUAAUGAACUUGAACAAGUGAUCUAUAAUGGUGACAAUAUUUAUGUUCACAUGCCUAAAAGAUUGUAUGCAUUAGAAUUAACAUGUAACAAAACAACCAACGUGUUUGUAAUUGCUCUUGAAGAUUCGUUUCUUUAUAUUGAUUAUCGUGCAGGUAUGUGGAGAGCAAAUUCACGCAAAAUACCCAACUAUGUAAAAUUUUACGGAAAAGAUUCUGAAGGUGUAGAGUUUGAAUUUAGUAAAGAACAUUAUAGUUUUUAUCUAACAGAAAAAGGAGCUUUUAGAUAUGUUUUCUUUCCAGAAAUACCUUGUGCUAAAGUCGUAAUUAAUAAUAGAUUAAUUUGGGAGAAAACUCCUGAGGACAAAUCUUUGUUAUCAGUCCAUAUUAAUAUUAAAGGGGAUGUUUUCCUUAAAUUUAAAACACAUGUUAGCUUAUUUGCUAAAAAGCGUAAUGAAUACAAGUAUUUAUAUGAUAUGGGUAGAAAAUGAGUACAUAAAGAUCAAUCAUCUAACAUAUUCCUUUAAUAUACUCGUAACUUAAUAUGAUAAUAACUUAA